UCGGAGAAUUGUCUACCUCUUGUAAACGUGUAAAAUAUUUAUGUGAAUAAUUUAACGCAGGAUAACUAAAUAUUGUAUUUGACGUUAAAGGUGUUUAAAAAUACAAUGAUUUGCUUAUAAGCAGUUGUCAUUGAAUAAUAAAAUGUUACCUCGGUACGUGAAUUUGAGAGAUACGUCGUGAUAUUUAGCGUAUUUCUUAUCUCUUCGCAAAAAUGGAUUUUGGCACUUUGCUGACCGUAGCGCAAAAAAAUGAAAAUGCCAAGCAGUCAACUGCUUGCUAUCAAACAAAAUUCGCUCCACCCAAAAAGUCAACCAAACAGGCCAAGUCACUUUCUGAGAAUAUAAAAAAAUUUCUGGCCCGUAAAGAAGAAGAAGAAAAACUGAAAGUUUUAGAAGAAAAGAAGAAAAGAGAGAAUUUAUUGGCAUUACGCGAUCACAGAGCACAAAGUCGUAUAAAUAAACAUUUGAAAGUAUGUAAAGCAGCAAACAAGUCUGUAUUAGAAGAUGCAAUUGAUAAUGAGAAUACAGCUAUUACAAUGGCAGGACCAUCGCAACCUGAUGAAGAUGAUUAUGGUUAUGUUUCACAAGAAGCUUCUGCGUUUUAUAAUCAAUUAAUGAAUAAGUAUAAUAGUGCACCUUCAGAAAAACCAAUUUUUAGCGACUAUGGGAAAAGGACAAUAAAAGAUAUCGCAUCUACAAAGGAUAGAGUUAAACAAGCCUUAAAACAACAAGAAGUGGAAGAAGCUUUGGGACAUCGACGAAAAAGGAAGUCCAAUACGAAGGAAACGGAAACUGAGGAAACAGAAGAAAAAGCUGAUAGAAGUAUUGGAGAUGAGAAAGUGGAACAAGAGGAAAAGCCCAAACAUAAAAAAAGACCCCCGCCUCCGGUAAUGGAUUUUAAUGAGCUGUUAAAAAUUGCGGAAAAAAAACAACACGAACCAAUUGUAAUCGAUGUUAAACCAAAAGCUGAAAUACCAGAAAGGUUAAUGACGAAAAAGCAGAUGAAAGAGUAUGCAAAGGAAAAAGAAUGGCGAGAAAAAAAGGAACAACGAGGUAAAGACGGUGGUGUAAACAAUAAAGAAGGGGGAAAUGCUAUACCUAGUAAAACAAAUAAAACGCAAGAAUGUCGUAGUACUGGCAACAAUAUCAACAAAAUAUCUAAGUCAUCCGAAAAGUUACCGGAUUUCCCCCCUUUAAAUAAAACUUCUGUAAAACCAUCAACUGGAACGCAACCUUUGCCUCCUAAAAGGCACAUUGAGAAACCCAACGAGAGUAAGUCCAAUGUAAAUAAGCCCAAUGUUUCAAAAACAUCGGAGAAAGAUAUACUUCUGGAAGAACGUAGAAAAUUAGAGACGGAGAAGAGAAAAUUAGAGGAAAUGCGACGGUCUAUCGAAGAGGAAAAAAAAAAAUUACAACUGAGUAAAAGUAAGAUCGCGGAUAUAAAAAAUGCGAAACCAGAGAAGUGGACGUCGAAAUUGAAAGUUCCAGAAAAACAGGGUACAUCGAAAGGUUUCAAGCAAAAAGAACCUCUAGCGCCAAGUACAGCAAAGUGCACAAUCCGAGCGACUGAUAAUAAAGUUAUGAAACAGUUACCACAAACAGAUCUGAAACUCAUGAGAUCUAAACACGCACUGCCUUCAAAAGAACACAAGAAACCGAUCGCUCAUAAACGCCGCUUACACGAAGGUGAAGAUGAAUACGACUCUGAACUUGACGAUUUUAUUGAUGAUGGCGUAGAGGAGGAAGCCGAAGACUAUAGUAAAUACAUAAGUGAAAUUUUUGGUUAUGAUAAAAGUAAAUAUAGAUAUGUAAAUAACGAAGACGACGUAGCCAUGGAAAGUAGUUUUGCACAACAACUUAAAGAAGAAUAUGUAUCUACUAAAAUAGGUAUUAUGGAAGAUUUAGAAGACAUGCGUAUGGAAGCUAUGGAAAAAAAACGAAAAGCAUUAUUGAAAAAGAAAAUGAAAGAAAUGUUAUGGGUAAGUUCUGUUUCAUUAACGAAAAGACUGUUUGUGGCUUCGAGCAAAGAAACAGGUGAAGAAGGUUUAGUGCCAGUAACAAUUGGAAAAGAUCCCAAAGAAGUUUUAGCAGACAAAGAAAAACAGGCAUACUUGGAAGCUCUAAAGCUUCCUAUUACUGUAUCUGCGGUUGAAAAUGUUGGUGCGGUUUCGGGUAUUCCAGAAGAGCAUAUAAAAACCCGUAGAGUUCGCAUUUAUUGCCCUGCAAAAAGUGCUAUGCAAUCUGGAACAAAUAACACACAUCUUUGGCAGAUAGACUUCGAUACGCGCGAACGUUGGGAGAAUCCAUUAAUGGGAUGGACUUCUUCAGGAGAUCCUGUGUCUAAUCUCAAGGUGGAAUUUGCUUCGUCAGAAGAAGCUGUCGCGCACUGUGAAAAAAUGGGUUGGAAUUACUAUAUUCAGAAACCAAAUGUUAAUAAACCUAAACCUCGUAGUUACGGUACCAAUUUUGCAUGGAAUAAGCGUACUAGAGUUACCACAAAGUAAAAGACAAAGGUUUAAAAAAAAAAUUAGUUCUGUACAUAGCUGUAUCCAUUGUUGAAUAAUAAUAAAAUAUAUAUGUAUAUAAAAAUGUUUUUGCAUGUAAAAUUUUAAGCAUUAAAUAAACUUGCAUAAA